GGCCCUCACAAGCAACAAAAUUAUUUUUUUAAAGAUCCCGAUUUAGGACUUUUUUUUUUUUUUGUGAAAGGUUACAAUUUUGCCAAAUCGAUGAAAUGGAUAUAAAUAAACGAUUAGCAAUAACAUCAAAUUUUCUUCAGUGCCAAAAUUCUCGAAAUAUCCCAAUAAAGGAUUAAAAUCCAACGACCCCAGAAUCCUUCAAUCAGAUGAAAAAUCAGCCAAAUUGGGCUACUGAACUCACAAAUGUUUUUGUUUUUAUUGUUGUUUUUUGUUUUGAUAAAGGUGUUUUUUUGUGAUCAUCUUCAUUUUUCUUCAACAAUUUUAUUAUCCCAUUUAUCUAAAAAACAAAAUGCCUUUCUAUAACUACACCAGCAUUAACUUCGUCAAUGGCUACAACCCUACCACUCCUGCUCCUUCAACUGAGCCUUCAACCGAGCCUUCUGUUGCUCCUUCUGCUGGUCCUUCUGCUGUACCAUCUGGAUCUGCAAACGAACCCUUUGUUGAAACCACUUCUUCUUCUGGACCUGUUCAUACUAAUGGAUCUGUUCCCACUGCCCAUUCUUUUGCAUCCACUGGAUCCGUUACUGCAACUGGAUCAAUGCCAUCCACUUCUUCUGGACCUAGUUCAGCCGGUUCUUCUGAGCCUUCAUCUUCUGCUUCUUCUACUGAGAGUAAUCCUGUUGAUGAGCCUUCUUCUCAGUUGUUCCCUGAGUACAUUGUAAAAGUCGGUGUUACUCGUUUAUCUCAAGCAAAGUUAAAUCUGACCAAAGCAACAGAGGAUGCGUUCAAUGCCAAUGGCUCUAUCAACGGUAGCAGAGACAUUGCAGCCAUGACGACCAGGUGGAAAAACCUUUGCAGUACAUUUCGAACCAAAAGACACUUAACAUCAAGAAUUCCAACGAUGAAUCCACCUGUUUGGUACAGUUCCCAUUCAGGAGAAACUGUGGAUAGCCGAGAUAAUUUUCCUGCUGGAAGACGAGGUCGUGCCGGUGUUGAUGAUGAUGAUGAUCAAGAAGAAGAAGGUAGAAGAUCUACCCAACGUUCUCGUUACGUCAAUGCCUCGACAUGGUUCAUGGCUUGUCAUUUGGAGGCUUUGGAAGACCAAAACCGAGAGGAAAGAGCACGAGACCGUGAAAUUGCCAACGAGUGUAGGGCUGUUGAUGUGGCACAUAUGGACCAAAACAAUAGUCAUACAUUUAUUCCAGAUAAUACAAUCCAAUGAUCUGAUCGCUCGUCAAUAACAAGAUUCUCGAAGGUACCAUGAGAUGCUCAAUCUUUAAUCGACAAUACGCCUAUUGUAUAUUUGACAGGUUUCACUUUAAUGAUUGAUAUUCAGCCAGCCCUGAAUAUGCAUAUAAAGAACCCAAUUUAUUGUAUAAUAAAGACUUUAGUUUAUUUUUGCAGUUUGAUAAUUUUACUUCGUCAAAUUUCUUUAUUUUUAUUCUUAAUUCGUUGCUUUAUCACUAGAAUUUCUCA